AUGAGAAAGCAGCACUGGUUUGGCAUAAAUGUCCAGCUGUGCACUUUUCUCUCUGGUGUCUUCACCAUCUUUGUCACCAACAUGUACGUUGUGUUUGAAGAGAAGCACAUGGGAGAUUCCAACUGUACCAGUGAGAAUAAUCAAGAGAUGAUUAACUCGAUUAAUGACAUUAUCGUCUGUUGGAGCUAUAAGAUCGUCUUCUCCUUAUCCAUGAUCACCAUCCUGAUCAGCUGUUUACUCUUGUACUCUGUCCAUGCCCAGAUCUACAAAGGCAUGGUGACCUAUGUCAUCUGGAUUAUCUUCUAUGAAUCUGUCAACUCCCUGCUGCAGGCCCUGACCAACAGGCCUAACGAUGUGUCUCCUACAGAAGUGAAGUUUUUACGCUGGUUUGGCCUGAUCUCCCGUAUCUUCAUGCAUGGGUUCUGGAUUUUUUGUGUGAUCAAAUAUGCUCACCUCGUGUACAAAAACCAGAUGCAAAGUAAUAUUGCUUCCUACAGCCGCCGUCUCUCUAUCAAUCUGGAAUCAAAGCAAAAGAGGACAUCUAAAAAGGAGACUGGAGGGACACCUCCUUCCUGCCCCGGGGUGAGCCCGGCCUCCCCAGAGGAGUGUAGCCUGCCCCCUGCUGGGAGAGCCGACAGGGCGGCCCCAGGACCCGGACCAACUGAAGUCGCUGUGAGUCCUGCCGAGGGAGGGAGGAGAGGAGCCGGGCCACAGGCAGAGCUGCAGCCUGCUGCAGAUGUGAGAGGGGAGUCGGGGCAGGAGAAUUUGGUGAGGAAAGCGGGGGAGAGGGACCCCGCUUCUGAAAAACACCUUGGACUCUCAGCCCUGCCUGUCUGGGAGCUGGGGGAGGGGAGGAACCGGAGUGGGGGAUGGUCCAGUAACAGCCUUAGUAACUGA